AUGUCGUUUACUGAUACUAUAUCAUUUCAGCCUCAUCCAGACUCCCUUUCACGAAUCUGGUGGUGUGUCACAGGUCCACUCGCCUUCCUUCCUAUCCAUGCCGCUGGAAUAUACGAUACCGACUCGGUCGAUAGUCAGCUUAGCGACUAUGCUAUAUCAUCUUACACCCCUACGCUAUCCGCUUUACUCGAACCCGGUAACACAACCCCAACCUCACCUUUCAAACUUUUAUCAGUGAUACAACCAUCUGCUCCUGGUAUGACACAUAUUCCCAAUACCAAAGAAGAACUCGGCUAUAUUCAGUAUCACCUCACGGGCCGCAGCCACGUCAUCCUUGAAGGUCCUCAAGGUACCAAGGAACGAGUCACUAAAUCAAUGGAAGACUGUAAUUGGCUUCACCUUGCGUGUCAUGGCACCCAAAUACCAGAAGAGCCGACCAAGAGUGCACUUAUCCUCGAGGAUGGUCACUUGACUUUAGAAGAGAUCAUCAAACUCGAUCUUCCACAAGCUGAAUUCGCAUUCUUGUCGGCUUGUCAAACGACUACCGGCGAUGAAAAGCUUUCGGAAGAAGCGGUGCACAUUGCAGGGGGGAUGUUGUUAGCAGGGUAUCGAGGAGUAGUAGCGACAAUGUGGUCUAUUCAGGAUGACCUGGCACCGGAGGUGACAGACUCGUUCUAUGCGCAUAUUAUGCAGGGUGAUGAACGGCCAGAUAAUACCAAGGCAGCGGAGGCUCUUCACUUCUCAAUACAAAAGCUCCGAAAGAAACCAAACAUUCCGCUUACAGCAUGGAUUCCUUUUGUGCAUCUGGGGGUAUAA